AUGAGUUCCGACGACAACGAUGUUUCAGCUCUGCCAUCCACACCUCAACCGGUCAUUUAUCUCACAGGUGAUUCAUUGACUCAGCGGGGAACUGAUCCUGAUGAAUCUGGCUGGGUCGCGCUGAUGCAGCAUCGCUAUAAUCGCUCAGCCGACAUUAUUCCGCGUGGACUUUCCGGUUAUAACACGAAAUGGUUCAUUGACUCAGCUUUGCCAGUGAUUAAGCGUGAACUCUCUGGCGAAGUGCGUACACCUUCUCUGAUCACGUUGUGGCUUGGUGCCAACGACGCUGCUCUUCCAGACGGCACUGCAGCGCGUCAGCAUGUUCCUCUUGCAGCGUACAAGGACAACUUGGUUACGAUUGUCCACACUUUCCAGACGAAAGCGCCAGAAGCUUGUAUUCUGCUAAUCACGCCGCCGCACGUCGACGACGCCGUCCGGAAGUUGCGCUCACCAAGCGGUUGUGCGGAUCGCACGGAUGCUGCAGCAGGUGAAUACGCGCGAGCGUGCGUCGAGGUUGCUCGUGAUUUGGGCAUGAACGUGCUGGACCUGUACUCGUUCUUCCACAUGUUGCCGGAGAAAGACCGUGCUGCGUGCUUGGAUGAUGGAUUGCACUUCACCGCAAUGGGAAACCGCUUGGUGGACGAACAACUGCAGGCGAAGAUCAGCGAAGUGUUUCCUGGUCUCAGAAAGCAGCUUGAAGCGUGGCAGUUUCCCGAUUUUCACAUUUGGAUAGAUGCGUAG